UUUCCGCAGUCGGCGGUCACGAGUGACGUAGCUCAGUAUAGAAUGCAGAACGUUAUCGCAGUCGGAACCCCAGAGCCGCUCGGUAAUAAGUAGAUAGGGGAGCCUUUUAAUCGGAUCCAACUAAACCAAGCAUUCCAAUCGAUCCACUCGUUUUAAUCGGCGGCACUUAUUUCAAAGACCCGCAACCGAAAGCUUCUGGCAAGCGUUCUUUUUGAAAAGCACGCAUAAUCAUAAUAUUAACAGAAGGGUUAUUCAACCCACAACUGCCGCGCAGCGCGUAAGAGACACGCGAGAGCAACAGGUGACAGCAUGAGCACUUUACGGAUUUGUCAGGCCGUUUCACUUAAUCCCAGUGCUCUCGAGACGGAAACUGUCGUGCCAUCGUCCUCGAGGAUCUGUUUAAUGGGUUGCCGGGAUGUGAAGCCCAAUGAGCUGCGUCGUUUUCCAGUCCACGAUGCUGAACGCUGCAAUCAUUGGCUGCGUCACUUCGGCGUCAGCGAUAAAUUGGUGGAUCAACUCGGCGGCCUGCAAAAGCUGCGCAUCUGCUUCAGACAUUUUAGCCAACGCCAGGAGAUGGCCAAAACCCGCAUCAAGAUGACGCCGCUGCGCAAGUCCUCGAAGGGUAUUGUAUUACCCAGUAAUGGAGGGACCGUCACAACUGGCGGCGCCGGAGGGGGAGGAACAGGGAGCGGUGCUGUCAAGUCGGCGGUGGCCAACAGCACCAUUGAACUUGUAGAGAGUCCCACCAGAGAUCUAGCGAAGAACCAUCAGUCCAAGAAGCCCACUCCCAGCAUUAUAACCAUGCCCCAGCGUUCCCACUCCAUUAGCUCCUCGGCCUCCAGCGAUGUGCAGUCCAUAAACUCAGACUACGAAGCUACACUUCCACUAGAGGACAGCCAGAAUGGACUCAACCGUUUGGAGAACGCCCAGAACAAAAAGAGGAAGCUCUACGUGAUCACCGAGAAAUCAGAUGAUACUAAUGGCCACACUCCGGAGAUCAAUGGACAAGCCAAGAAGCGCAAGAUGUUCGUGGUUGUGGAGCAGGAUAAAGAAGCUGCUGGCAAGAAACUGAUGAUUAUGACCGACAAGCCACAGGCCGAUCUCACCCAGCAUUUGGAGAAACUGCUGCCCGAGCUCCUGAAUCGCAUACAGGACAAGGAACAGAAGCAGGUCAAACCGACUCCAGUGGUGGUCAAGUCCAAGCCAGUGGUCAACAAUGCCAGACCCCAAAUAACAUUGCCGCCCAAGAAGAAUCCCACGAACUUUGCCAAGAUCACGCCCACUCCAAGUCCAGUGCCUUCACCAAUUCAGAUGCCUCUACCAAUUCAAAAUGCCAAGAUCUUGAAGACCGAGAACUUGGAGGAGAAAAUGAAUUCAGAGGACAUCGAGACGAACAUAAAUCUGUCGCCCGACUUCCGCUUCCUGAUGAAGAUCCUUCCCAAAUUGGAACAGCUGCCGGAGCCGCACAAGCAGAACGUCAAGCGUUCAAUUCAAAUCUUCGUGGAGAAGAGCUACAGUAUCUACGGCAAUAAGGAUUAGUUACCAGUAUUUGAACACCGAUUUAAUUUGCAUUUCAUGUGAAAAAGUUACCAUUAUUUUCGAGAGAAUCAUACAUAUAUAAAAGGCAUUUCAUUACGUUGUCUAAGACUGAAGCAGACCAAUUUAAUUUGUAAGCCAACACAGAGCUGAAGCAGCUCCCCAAUUAGACGUAUAAGCCAUUACAAUAUUCGAUAUUACCCCGCUGGAGAAGGGUAAAUUCUGGAAAAGUUAAGCCAUAAUAAGGAUUACCAAGAUUGAAGUUCUUUCUGUAUUGAAUAAAUGAGAGCUUGAUUUAAGCCCGAGAAUUAAA